AUGGUAGUGUGGAGGAAACCCCAGGACAACUUUGUAAAAAUCAAUAGUGAUGGCAAUGCUCUCAGUAACCCAGGGAAAAUUGGAGUUGGCACCAUCAUAAGGGACCAACAUGGUAAUUUCAUUCAUGCAAUGGCCACUCCCCUUGGUGAAGGAACUAAUAAUCAAGCUGAAGCUGCAAUUGUUGGUGUCCAGUGGUGCUUGGAAAAUGGCUAUACAAAAACCCACUUAAAAGUUGACUCUGCUUUGUUGAUUAACUGGAUCAACAACAAUUCUGAACCUCCAUGGUCUCUUCAGAUGCUCAUUCAGAAGCUGAAGGAUCUCAGUCAACACCUUGAGGAAUUCAAGUGCACUCAUGUCUAUAGGGAAGCCAAUUUCCCAGUUGAUUCACUAUCAAAGCUGAGCCAUGAGUUGGAAGACAUAUCAUAUUUCCACUCUGUGCAGGAACUUCCACCACACAUUAGAGGGCAGAUCAGACUUGAUCAAUUAGACACCCUUGCUUUCAGGCACAAAACCACAAAAAGGUUCCAAAUGACCACUCACAAUAAUUCCACAUCCAAUUCCUCUAAUGGUUAUGGCUAA